UACCCGAAGAUUUGAGCAUAACGCGUAUCGCUGGCCUACCAUGGGAUCAGUGGAGUUCACACAUUGCAAUGCCAUUAGUAACGCAAUUGCGAGAAGGAAUCCAUCCAUUGCUAUUUCCAACCGAUCUAACGGUGAAUCCCAUCGCAUCUGUACUCGACGACAAGAAAUCAAUCAAAUUGCUAUCGCCCUCCACUCAUGAUCGCAAUAGUAGUGCGAAUACAUCUUCCGGUAGUGGAAAUGAACAAGCCGGCGGUGGUUACAUGUGUCCGGCCCCCGAUUGCGGACGCGUCUAUAAAUUGAAAUCAUCGUUGCGAAACCAUCAGAAAUGGGAAUGCGGCAAAGAUCCGCAAUUCCAGUGUCCAUUCUGUGUUUACCGUGCCAAACAGAAGAUGCACAUCGGCCGGCACAUGGAACGGAUGCAUAAAAACAACGCGGCCAUGUUAAAAGCAGCUGCCGCUGCUGUUGUGGCUGCCACUGCGGCUGCUGCAACUGGUAUUAAGCGCGAGGAAGAGAAUUCUUCCGAUAGCUAUACAGCUUCCGACAAAGAAUAGACACAAUUGAAUCGCGUCAAAUUUAAUAUUGAGAAAACUUCAAUUUAUUUUUCUAUUUACUCAUAGUUCAGCAAAGUAUCAGCCGUUUAUUUUUUUUUUUUUUUUGUUCAAUUAGAAUGAUAUUAGACUAUGUUUUUUUAUCAAUCAAUUAGCUCAUUUUUGAAAUGAGAAAAGAAACGAAACCGACAGAUAUCACUUAUCUCUAACAAAAAAAACAAUCCUCAACCGGUACAUUCUUUAUUAUUGAUCGCAUUCCAAAAAAAAAAAAUCCGAAUUAUAAUUCUUUUAUAUUAAUAUACAGUAUUUGUGUUAUUUUAUACACAUUUUCCAUGAAUUUAUUCUAGAUGUUACUACAUUUCUAGUGUUGAGAAAAGCAAAAUUGAAUGAAAAUCUGCACAUAAUAAUUGUUAGGUGAGGAAUUAGUUCAAAAUAUUUAUAGUCCAUAAGCAAGACAGAAAAGAAGCGACAAAACGUACGCACGCACGCGUGCGCAAAAAAGGACCAAUAACAGUCAACAAGGAAAAUGAUACGGGUGUCAUAUUUACAAGUGAAAACAAAAAAAUCGGUAUUUUUGUACCGUCCCAUUUGUUUUGUUGUUGUUUUUUUACACAUUUAAAGACGAAGAAAAUAGUAUGUUUUGCUUGGGGGUUCAGUUAGAGUGUGUUGAGUCGUGUUUAUCUGAUUCAAGCAAUAACAUAUUAUCUUUAUGCCAUGCGAGUAUUUGUACAGAGAACAGAGAGUAAAUUUAUAUGAACAUAAACUCAACAUUGUUGAUGCGAAAACGAAACAUUAAACACGGGUAUUUGAAAUACAAAUCAAGAGGAUUUUCUUUUUUUCAUAAAAAAAAUGUGUUUUUGAAUGUUAGAAGAAAAAGAAAAAAAAAAAACAAUUAGUGUAAAUGAUAUAAUAAUAGAUGUGCACUAUAAACAAAUUGCAAGGUUACCGUCCUUUAUAAACUAUAGAUGAAUAAUGAAGAAACACUCAUUCACUCAAAUGAGAAAAUGCAAAAUGCAGCUCAAACUAAAUACUUUAGCCGUAACGUAAUCGAACUACCUCAAAUCACAUCACAUGCAAAAUAUUUUUUCAAAUCGUUAUCUAGAUAAUUUAUAACACCAUAAAACCUCUCUCUCGCCCCUUUCCUACUCACGCAACAGGUCCUCGCAAUAUAAUGUUCACAUAUUUUGCUUGUUUUUUGUUUAAAAAAACUUGUAUUCAUGAAUCGAGUCAGAUCGCAAAAGUCUACGUAAAAAAAAAUUGCAGAAGAGUUUUCUCGAGCGCCAUAUUUGGAUGUUUGUGAUAUGCAUACGAAUUUCAUGUGGCCAUUCCACGUUUUAUCUUGUAGAAUAUGGACAAGCAAAAAGAAGAAAAAAGAAAUGCAAAAGACAAAUCAAUAUACACAACAAGUGGCAUUCCAAACAAAACUAAUCAAUGUCAAUAGUAGUCCAAUUAUGAAUUUAAUAGUUUGUUUGUUUGUUUUUUUUUUUCUGUGUGAAAUUAACGGAAUUUCAUGUAUUUUGUUUUGUUUAAAAAAGUAUAUGAAAACAAUAAAUAAUUAAUUCUAUACAUUUUAUUUACCUAAAACCAAGAUAGUUUCUAUGAAUGGUAUCAUUUUUAAGGAAAUUUAAACAAAAUUAUGUAUACUUUUUGAUGAUGAAAAUCCCAUUUUUAUUUUUUAUUUAAGUUUUAAAACUCUAACUCGCAAGUUGUUAAAUUGCAAAUGGAUUUUUACACGUUUAUUUUAUCGAUUAUCGAAUUUGUGAUUUAAAAAAUCAUUGAACCGAACAGAAGAAGUUACCCGAAGAAAGAAUGAAAGAAAAAAAAAAAACAGAGGGAUAGAUGCAAGGUGAAUUCGAAAAUGAACAUGAGGUGAUAGGAUUUUUGGAAUGAUAGCAUACAUCUAACACACAUGAAAAUCGUGCUAUACGAUCGAGAUAAAGUGAGAAAGAGAAAAAUGUGCGUACAAUCUGCAAAUAUACUCAAACUAUACUAUAUAAUUGAUAUUGGGUCUUGGAAUCCGUUUUAUUAUUGUUUCACCGAUCAUUUUUUGGAAUCGGAAAAGCAGGAUAUUGAAUUUAGUAGAAGCAUAGAGGCCAUACCAAUUAAAAACACAGACACAUUUCGGCACACAUUUUUGAAUAGGCAUGGAGAGAAAUAAAAAAAAAUGGUUCAAAUGUUGUUCAUUGAAAAUGAAUUAAAACAAAUUAUAGGAAUUUACAGAACUCUUUUUUUUCAUUCUCAGUAUAAAUAUUAGAAAUAUACAUAAAAAUAAUCGAUGAACAAAUUUGACAUAAAAUUCACUUUAAGCUUAAUUUUGAAUACUAAAAUUUAACUCUUCAACUCGGUGACGGAAAAGGAACAAAAACAUACUUUGAAUCUAAACAAAAAAAAAAAAGUAAUUAAAAACAGUCUUAAUUCCCUACAAAAAGAAUUUUUAAGUGAUAUAAAAUGAAGAACAAAAGCUUUUCUGAAAUUGAAAAGAAAAAAAGA